AUGGGUCUUCUCAUCUCAGUCAAGGCCACAACUGAGUCAUGGGACUAUCUUGGAAUGCCUCUAGAUGUCAAGAGAAACCACACAGGAGAGAGCAACAUUGUUGUUGGUGUGUUGGAUUCUGGAAUUGAUCCACACCACAUAGGCUUCAUGGACGAGGGAUUCGGUCCUCCACCAGCAAAAUGGAAAGGAUCUUGCGGCCCAUAUGAAAAUUUUACUUGCAACAAUACUCCUGUUGGCCCAAGAACUGAUAUAAAGGGAACACUGCCUUUUAAAAACACUCUUCCUAAUAAUAAUUUGUCUAAUGAGGAUACCUCUAUUUGUGAUAUUAUUAAAGCAAAAUCAUUGGAGCAAGAUGGUUCAAAAUUGAAGGGGCCUUCUAUCAGCCGUGAGAUAUUGAAUAAACCCAAACCCAUAAUUAGGUUGGUUGAUGCUACAGCUGAGGAUGGAUCAUUGGACCCAAGUAAAGCUGCAGACAAGUUUGUGUUCCACACAGUGGAAGAUCCUUCUUCAGUUGAAGAUGUAGUAAAAAAUAUUAGGGGUGCAGAACCAGGAGGGAUCAUUAUUGGAGGACCUUCUGUGGACGAUAUGGAUUCCCUUUUGGGCUUGGAUACCAGGAACAAAGAAGCAACCAUUUUCAACGCAAGAGAAGUGGAAUCUAAUCCUUGCAUACCUAAUUUUUCUUCCCGAGGACCUUCCACAAAUUACCCAGCCAUUCUUAAGCCUGUUGUGGUUGCGCCUGGAGCGAGCAUAUUAUCUGGUUCUAUUUGGAAGAAAUAUUAUUCAACCCAUCAACACCAUAAUGGUACCAUAUUCUCUAUAGCAAAAGUGCUAGACCCAUCAGCCACGAGUAAUGGCGACACGGAAUAUGCAUAUGGUGCAGGACAGAUCGAUCCAGUACGAGCAUUAGACACUGGCCUAAUCUAUGAUGCUGACUAUAAGGCUUACCUUUCAUACCUUUGCAAGGAGUUCACUAACCCUGAAAUACUAAGUCAAUAUUCAGAUGACCGAAUAAUCUGUACAGAUUAUCCUAAGGCACUUGGAGAAGAUGGGUUAAAUUACCCAAGCAUUAAAUAUAUUGUGAAAGAUAAGACAAAGCCAUCAGAGAUAGUGUAUUAUAGGGAAGUUACCAAUGUAGGAGAAGCCUCUGCAGUUUACAUAGCCAUGAUCACUGCUCCAACUGGGAUAGAGAUCAGUGUCAACCCAACAACACUCACAUUCAUACAACAGAAUGAGAAGAAAAGCUUUGAAGUUUCAGUGAAGAUCCCAGUAAUGAAUGAACCAAAAAAUGUAUUUUCAGGUUCACUUGUGUGGAGUGACAAGGUUCAUAGUGUUAGAAGUCCAAUUGUCAUUCAUAUUCCUUAG